AUGACUAGAGACAUUAAAAACCAUCUCUUAUUCGAAGUGGCAACUGAAGUCGCCAACAGAGUUGGUGGUAUCUACUCCGUCCUAAAAUCAAAAGCCCCAAUCACUGUCGCCGAAUAUAGAGAACGCUACACCCUAAUUGGCCCUUUAAACUACAACUCUGCCAAAGUGGAAGUCGAAGAACUACCCUUGAAGGACCCCUUCAUCAAAGAUGCUCUUGACUCAAUGUCCGAAAAGGGCAUCAUAUGGAUGUACGGUAGAUGGUUAAUCGAAGGUGCUCCAAGAGUCCUCUUGUUCGACUUGAACUCUUCUAAACAUUUUCUUGACGAGUGGAAAUCUGACUUGUGGAACAUCUCUGGAAUUCCAACUCCAACUAACGAUGAUGAAACAAACAAUGCUGUCCUACUAGGUUACCUAGUCUCCUGGUUCUUGGGCCACUUGGUAGCCAACGACAACAAAAGAGCUGUCAUCUGUCACUGCCACGAAUGGUUAGCCAGUGUCUGUCUACCUCUUUGCAGAAAAAGAAGAAUCGACCUCACCACCAUCUUCACAACUCAUGCUACUCUUUUGGGCAGAUAUCUCUGUGCUGGUUCUGUUGACUUUUACAACAACUUGUCCAACUUUGAUGUCGACGCUGAAGCUGGCAAAAGAGGCAUCUACCACCGUUACUGCAUCGAAAGAGCUGCCGCCCACUCUGCCGACGUCUUCACCACCGUAUCUCACAUCACUGCCUACGAAAGUGAACAUCUCCUAAAGAGAAAACCCGAUGGCGUCCUACCAAAUGGCCUCAAUGUCGUCAAGUUUAGCGCUGUUCAUGAAUUCCAAAACUUGCAUGCCCAAAAAAAGGAAAAAAUUAACGACUUUGUCAGAGGCCACUUUUACGGCAAAUACGACUUUGAUCUCGACAACACCCUCUACUUUUUCAUUGCCGGUAGAUACGAAUUCAGAAACAAAGGUGCUGACUUCUUUAUAGAAUCCCUUGCCAGGCUAAACCACAAACUAAAAGAAGCAAACUCAAAGAUGACAGUCAUUGCUUUCAUCAUAAUGCCUGCUGCCACAAACUCAUACACCGCCGAAACUUUACGAGGUCAAGCUGUUAUAAAAGCCCUUGAAAGCACUGUCGAAGAAAUGCAAACAACCAUCGGCAAACGUCUCUUGGAACACUGUGCUAGAUACCAACAACACGGUAACGAAGUUCCCUCCUUAGAUGAAUUGAUCAGACCUGCCGAUAGAGUCCUCUUGAAAAGAAGAGUCUUUGCCUUGAAAAGGGACUCCCUUCCCCCAAUUGUCACCCACAACAUGGCUGACGAUGCUAACGACCCAGUCUUGAACCAAAUUAGAACCGUUCAAUUGUUCAACAAACCUGAAGACCGUGUAAAGGUUGUCUUUCACCCAGAAUUCUUAAACUCAAACAACCCAAUCCUUCCUCUUGACUAUGAUGAAUUUGUAAGAGGUUGCCAUCUAGGUGUUUUUCCUUCCUACUACGAACCUUGGGGCUACACUCCUGCCGAGUGCACCGUCAUGGGUGUUCCCUCAAUCACAACAAACUUGUCCGGUUUCGGUUGCUACAUGGAAGAUUUAAUUGAAAACUCCGCCGAUUAUGGUAUCUACAUUGUUGACAGAAGAAUGAAAUCCGUCGACGAAAGUAUCAAUCAAUUGACUGAUUACAUGUUUUCCUUUGUGUCAAAAACAAGAAGACAAAGAAUUAACCAAAGAAACAGAACUGAAAGAUUGUCUGAUUUAUUAGACUGGAAAAGAAUGGGCUUGGAAUACAUCAAGGCUAGACAGUUGGCCUUGAAAAGAGCAUAUCCUGACCAAUUCAAAGCCGGCGGUCCUGAUCCUUUUGCUUCUGGCCAUCAAGUUAAAUUAACAAGACCUUUAUCUGCUCCUGGUUCUCCAAAGGAUAGAGCUUCCCUAAUGACUCCCGGUGAUUUAGGUUCUUUACAAGAAACUAAUCAAUUCUUAAACACUGAAGACUAUAUGGGUUUCAAACUAGAAAAUGAAGAUAACGAUGAUUAUGCUGACGAUAAAUAUCCCUUAACUCUAAGAGGAACUUCUGGUCCUCCAAGUGUUGCUGGUGAUUCGGAUGAUGAAGAAAAAGAUCAAAAAUAA